AUGACAGAAAAAGCUAAGAGGAUUAGCUUUGCUAAAAUCUGCGUGGAGGUGGAUGUAAGUUUUGAUUUGCCUCAUUCUAUUGAUCUUCUAACUGCAUCUAGGAAAGUUAUCGGAGUUAAAUAUCCUUGGGAGGCCUACCAAAAUGCUGCCAAUGGUUCUGCCCCUACUGCUUCAGUGGCGUCUGUUAUCCCUCCUGAGAUAAUUUUACCUUGUGCUACUGAUCCAGCGGUGUCUGUUAUCACUCCUGCUGCUCCUCAGAUAAUUUUGUCUUGUGCUAAUAAGUUCACAGCCUUACGGGAGGGCGAGGAUGUUAGUGUUGCUAUUUCUAAUGAUGAUAAUGUUGUUCUUCUUGUUAGUCCUACAAUAAAGGAUGAGAUAGAAGAUGUUCAAUGUAACGCCACUGUGUUUGAUAUCCUUGAAUCUAGUAGGAAUGCUGAGGAAGUUAGCGUUUUUGAUUUUCUUCCUGAUGAGCUUGGUGUGGGUAUGUCUGACCCUUCUAUGGAAAAAGGAAGCAAUAAGAAGAAAGAAGGGAGAAAUUUUAACGCUAUUGUUUCUAAGGAAAAAGGGAGCAAUGAGAAGCAAGGGGGAAAGAACCCUAGGGCAGCUAAGAGGGAAAGGAAAUCAAAGAGAAGGCUCUUGUUUCUAUGGAAAAAGGGAGCAAUAAGAAGAAAUAAAGGGGAUUUUAAGGCUAUUGUUUCUAUGGAAAAAGGGAGCAAUAAGAAGCAAGGGGGAAAGAACCCUGGGGUACCUAAGAGGGAAAGGAAAUCAAAGAGAAGGCAAGAGAAUCUGGACUCAACUACGAAGAAAAGCCUUCCUUCUGCGUGGAAUUAUGUACACAAUAUUGGUUCAAGGAAUGUUGCUAGGAUAAUUGUAGCUUGGGAUUCUCAAGACACUCAGGUUAGAGUCCUUUUUACUUCUCAGCAAUUGAUUCUUCUUUUAGUUGUUAUGGAUCAGAAAACCUUUGCUAUUUCUGUUGUUUAUGGUUUCAAUCAAGCUAGUGCUAGAAGAAUUUUAUGGGAUGAUCUUAGAGCAAGUAUGGGUUCAGUUGGGUGUCAACCUUGGAUUGUUUUGGGAGAUUUCAAUGCGGUUCGUUGGCAGAAUGAAAAGUCAAAUUCUAAUUCUUUUGAUAAUGCUUCAGCUGGUGAUUUCAACCAAUGUAUAGAAGAUAUAGGUGUAGAACAGCUGAAUUCCACAGGUCUUUGGUUCACUUGGUCUAAUAAAAGACUUGGUCAUGACCAUAGUAGUAACAGAAUUGACAGGGCUCUAGUCAACUCUCUCUGGCAAGCUGAAUUCACAAAAUCUGAAGCUGCAGUUCUUGUGCCAGGGGUUUCAGAUCACUGUCCAAUUAUUGUUGCUAUUCUUCCUUAUAAAGGGGGGAGAAAGCCCUUCAAAUUUUUCAACUUUUGGAUGAAUCAUAAGGAGUUUUCCUCUAUCCUUUCUCAGUCUUGGUCAGCCCUAAUGGAGUAUGUUUCUUCCCCAAUGUUGCUCCUUUACAAUAAGAUGAGAAGAUUAAAACCUGUUUUGAGGGGUCUUAAUAAAGAGUUUUAUAGUGAUAUUCAAAAAAGGGUAUUGGUAGCUAGGGAGGAACUUACUGCUAUCCAAACUCGUUGUGCUAACUCAAUAAGUGAUCCUAUUUUGCUGGCAUAUGAAAAAUUCUGUCUCUUGCAACUCAAUGAGCUUAGUAUUACUGAGGAGGAUUGGUGUAGACAGAAAUCAAGGGUACAAUGGUUGAAGUUGGGAGAUAAUAAUACAAGAUUCUUUAAUCAGAAAAUGAAUAGUCAUUGA